AUGUCUUCCGCCAAUUCUCCCACCUCUACUCGGGCCACCUCCACUCGCAUCGUCGACAGCAUGCUCGGGAUGAGCCCUGGUGAGGUCCGCCUGCUGCUGCUCGCCUACCUCUGCACCGACAAGAAGACGGGCAAGAUGGACGUCACCAAUCUCGCUGCCCGAGCCCGACUUACCGUCCCCUCCGCUAGAAACAUGCACCGGGCCGCCCUUUCGAAGUUGGCCAAGCUGAACCCCGAGUCCACCCCGGACGAGGGAGAUGACGCUGGCCCUUCGACUGGUGCGGCCUCGCGCUCUACCCCCUCUCGCCGUGGUGGUCGUCCCCGUGGACGUCCUCGCAAGAACAAGGAUGCCGCUACUACCACUGGCGCCGCUACCACCGACCCCAAGAGCAACGACCAGGCUAAUCUGGAAGAAUCCGAGGUCAAGGUGAAGGACGGCGAUGAGGACACUGGCAUUGCCGGGGAUGAUCUGUGA